CUCAAAACUCAAACUAAACCCUGAACAGAGGUUUGAGCUCGACAUCAAUGGCGUGUGCGAGGUUUAUCAGUCUAAAAACAUCCGGCAUGGUUAGGGCAUUUUCCACCCUCAUGUCACCACCGUCUAAAGCUGUCUUCUACGACAACCACGGUCCACCAGACACCGUCACAAAAAUAAUCGAACUUCCACCGGUUGAAAUCAAAGCAAACGACGUCUGUGUUAAAAUGCUCGCGUCUCCCAUCAAUCCGUCCGAUAUUAACAGAAUUGAAGGUGUGUACCCUGUGAGGCCGCCGCUUCCUGCCGUAGGGGGAUAUGAGGGUGUUGGAGAAGUCCACUCUGUAGGCGAAGCAGUACAAGGUCUUUCUCCGGGUGAUUUGGUUAUGGCGUCUCCACCGUCACCUGGGGCAUGGCAGACACAUGUUGUUAGAGAUAAAAGUUUCUGGCACAAAUUUGAUAGACGUACGCCAGUGGAAUAUGCUGCCACAGUCACUAUUAACCCGUUGACUGCCUUAAGGAUGGUGGAGGACUUCGUGGACCUCAAAUCAGGGGAUGCAAUUGUGCAAAAUGGAGCAACCAGCAUGGUUGGGCAAUGUGUCAUCCAGCUAGCUAAACUGCGUGGCAUUCAUACUAUCAACAUUAUAAGAGACAGGAGCGGCUCAGAUGAGGCGAAAGAGAAGCUUACGAAACUUGGUGCUGAUCAAGUGUAUACUGAGAGCCAGCUGAAUGUUAAAAAUGUCAAGAGUCUUUUGGAUAAUGUACCUGAACCUGCUCUAGGGUUAAAUUGUGUUGGCGGUAAUGCUGCUUCUCUGGUUCUCAAGUUCUUAAGGCAGGGUGGAACGAUGGUGACUUACGGCGGCAUGUCUAAGAAGCCUAUAACCGUAUCAACUUCAUCCUUCAUAUUUAAAGAGCUUUCCUUGAAAGGAUUUUGGUUGCAAAAAUGGAUAAGUUCUGGUAACACAGAAGCAUCUAGAGAAAUGGUGGAUUACCUUUUGGGCUUAAUUCGUGAAGGAAAAUUGAAAUACGACAUAGAGCUUACUCCUUUCAGUGAAUUCCACGCAGCAUUAGAUAAGGCGCUUGGAAAGCACGGGAGCCAACCUAAGCAAGUCAUUAAGUUCUAAUACGCCCUCCCUCACCAACGUAAAUUACUACAAUGUAUGCAAAGUUAUGUAUUUGUGCGUUUAUGUUUAGAAAACUAUAAUAAUAGAAGGCAUAAUUCAUGCAUGUGAAUAUGUGAUGCUCAAAACAUUCAUAACUGUUUUCAGGCAGGCAGUGAAAAGUAUGAACCUAGAGAAUUAGAUGAUAAAUGGAAUUUAAGAGUUUUAUAAUCCAAGUUUUAGUCAGAUUUA